AUGGAGCUUGCUGGGGAGCAGACCGUCUUGUUCAGCAGAUGGGAAUUUCGGAAUGGGGAGAAUCUGCUGGGUAGAACAUAUGGGCUUCAUUUCGAGGAGGCUAUGACGUCUGUUGUUCCUGGGUGCGAGAGGAGCACCAGUCACCACCGAAUCGUCAAAUAUGACUUCUUUGGCUUGAAGUUGGUGGUCCGAUGUGAGGUCGAUGCUUGCCUUCUGUCCGUAACUCCGAAUAGAGGGACUUCGCCAGUAACACAAUCUUCGGACCCAGAUGAUUUGACUGAGGCCUUGGCUGGCCUCAAUAUCACAACCAACCCUCCCGCAACUCCGGCAGGUGUAUUGUCUUCACCGUCCAUGGCAUUUUUAGAAGGCUCCCUUCCGCUUCGCAUUAUUCGUGCGGGCGCUGCACAACUUCAAGAAUCCAUCAUCGAGCUCACCACGCGCUCCGAAGACUAUACUCAAAAUCUCGAUUGGGCCGAAGUAUUUCCACAGCUUUAUUUAUCACAAACGCCUCAUCUAUAUGUUGGAGUCCACUCUGUAGGCAGGUUCUUCGAUGUACGGAAGCAGAGCUUAGAUAGUCUAGAGAUGAUCUCCCAAAGAGAGAAGGCCGAAACGAGUCUCAGGAAAUUGGGGAAUGCGCUGCGGAUGAUUCAGAAGAUUGUGGUGAAGCAUGGAAGAGCGGGCAGGCUCAGUCUGGUGUGUGAGAAGGGGACGCUGCGGGCCUAUGAACGCGUUAGCACGCAGAGCUGUCUACCGGCGGAGGUGAUACAGCGGUUCGAGAAGUAA